AUGCUAGUCCAUAACUUUUAUAAUGGGUUGUGUGGUACUACUCACACACUCAUUGAUGCAGCAGCUGGUGGUGUGUUUAUGAGAAAAAGCGCCAGUGAGGCGUAUGACUUGUUGGAAGAAAUGGCCAUGAAUAAUCAGCAGUGGCCAAGUGAAAGAAGUUCUUCAAGGAAGGUGGCCGGUAUGUAUGAAGUGGAUGCAAUUUCAAAAUUGAACGCUCAAGUUGAGGCCUUGACUAAGCAAUUGCAAGGCAAUGUAAUAACAGCUCCAGUGCAACAGGCCCAUACUUUGUGUGAAAUAUGUGGGGGCCCUCAUGCCUAUGAACAGUGUCAGUAUGCUGAUGUAAACAACAUGCCUAUGGAGCAGGCUCAGGCUAUUGGGAAUUUUCCUCGACAGAGCAACAAUAACCCUUACUCCAAUUCCUUUAAUCAAGGGUGGAGGAAUCAUCCCAACUUCUCUUGGAAGAAUGAUCAGCAAGGCCAAUCUUCAAGCCAACAACAGUCAUUCCAACAACAGCCACAGGGGUUCUUUCAGCCAAGAUUUAGACAACAGCAACAACCCCAACCGACCACUCAUCAUCAGCAGCAACAAAAUUCUGGUGGAAAUUCUAAUGUUCAGUCAGAUGUGUUAAACCAAUUCAUGGCUGAAACUCGGUCUUCUAUUAGAAAUUUGGAGACCCAAAUGGGACAAUUGGCUACUCUCAUGGCUAAUCAUGCCCAAGGUAACUUGCCUAGCACCACUGAAGUCAAUCCGAAAGAGAAUUGCAAGGCAAUCACGUUGAGAAGUGGGACGAAUUAUGAGGGACCAAGUGAGAAGCAGCCAGUUGAAGAAGUGGGUCAGGAUCAACAGGCACAGGCACCGACACAAGAGGAAAAGAAGCACAGUGAGAAAAAGGCUACUGAGGGCAUAUCAGUAAAAGAGGUUUCCCCACCAAUCAGUAUUGAGCAUCACAUAAAGAUUCCCUACCCCCAAAGGCUCCGUAAGAACAACAUGGACAAGCAGUUUACUAAAUUCCUGGAAGUAUUCAAGAAACUGCACAUCAACAUUCCAUUUGUGGAGGCCUUAGAGAAAAUGUCGAGCUAUGUCAAGUUCAUGAAGGACAUCUUGUCCAAGAAGAGGAAGAUGGAGGACUUUUAA